AUGUCAUCUGAAACGUUACCAGCCUUUAUUGAGACUUCCAAUGUUGAAAGAAAGCAAAUCUUAGAUGAAAAUAAAGAAGAGAGCCAGAAGCCAGAAUCAAGUAAAGCAUGUGAAUCCAUAUCUAAGAGGCAGAUGAAGAAACUAAUAAAACAAAAACAAUGGGAAGAACAGCGAGAACUCCGCAAACAAAAGCGAAAAGAAAAACGUAAGAGAAAAAAAUUAGAGCGGCAAAGUCAACUGGAAUCAAAUUCUGAUGGAAAUGACAGAAAACGUAUUCGAAGAGAUGUUGUUCACAGCACACUACGCCUUGUUAUUGACUGUAGUUUUGAUGACUUGAUGGUAUUAAAGGACAUUAAGAAACUUCAUAAGCAGAUUCAACGAUGUUAUGCAGAAAACCGACGUGCUUUACAUCCUGUGCAGUUUUAUUUGACAAGUCAUGGAGGCCAGCUGAAAAAAAACAUGGAUGAAAAUGACAAAGGAUGGGUCAACUGGAAGGAUAUCCACAUCAAGCCAGAACACUACAGUGAUCUUAUAAAGAAAGACGACUUGAUUUAUCUUACAUCAGAUUCACCCAAUGUAUUGAAGGAAUUAGAUGAAUCAAAGGCCUAUGUGAUCGGAGGAUUAGUAGAUCACAAUCAUCACAAGGGACUCACAUAUAAACAAGCAUCCGACUAUGGAAUUGAACAUGCACAACUCCCUCUUGGAAACUUUGUGAAGAUGAACAGUCGAAAAGUUCUAGCAGUUAAUCAUGUGUUUGAGAUUAUUCUGGAAUACCUGCAAAAAAGAGACUGGCAAGAGGCAUUUUUUACUAUUUUACCCCAGCGUAAAGGAGCUGUUCCCACAGAGAAAGCCUGUAAAGAUUCUUCACUUGACAAGAAACCUGUGGAAGACGGAACAGACAGUGAUUCCAGUGAGGAGGAAAAUAGCAGAAAUGAACUAACUUCAGUCCAUGAAGAAGAAAAGCAUGAAAAAGAAAAUAUCACUGAAUCUAUAGUGAAGUCUGUACCGCACUAA